AUGACACGUACUGCGUUGGAACUAGUCGGACAAGCUGACCUCGGAUAUUCGUUUGACGACCUAACUGAAGGCGUCGCCCUUCACCCGUACAGCAAGUCGGCGAAACAACUUGUUCCGCUUUCAUUUUCAAUGUUAUUGCUUCGCAUGUACCUUUCCUCCGUCGUCGUCAAGCUCGGCCCACUAAAGUUCAGACAGUUCCUCGUCAACAUGAUCCCUUGGAAGACCAUGCACAGGCUCCGCGAUGUCGUCGACGUUUUACAUAACACAUCUGUUGAGAUAUUCGAAUCUAAGAUGGCCCUAGAAGAGGACGACGAGGUCUUCAAGGCGCAGUUGAGUCAAGGCAAAGAUAUUCUGAGCAUUUUGAUGAGAGACGACAUGGCCGCCUCGAAAGAGGACAAGCUGGCCGACAAAGAGCUUCUUGGACAGAUGUCGACCUUGACGUUCGCUGCAAUGGACACGACCUCCGGCGCACUGUUGCGUAUGCUUGACCUCCUCUCGAAGAACCAAGGCGUCCAAGACAAGCUUAGAAACGAGAUUCGAGAAGCUAGGCAACAGAAUGGUGACCUACAUACCGGCUGA